AUGAAUGAUCACGAUACGAAGCAACAAAUCCACAAUACUGCUAGUGCUGACCAGGUCGCAUAUCACGGAACGGCGAGCCCUCUUGCUACCUUUGUCACUUACGCCUUGAGCAGCAGUUGCCUGCGAAGUAUCCUCCUGUUCAAAGUCCCACCAGGGGAAUUCCUCCAGAAACAAACAAUCUCUUCUCAAGCACCCUUUCCCACCCCUACAAUGACUGAAUUUCCUGUCAGUGAAGGCGAGUUCGCAUGGGAGGUGCCCAAUGCCGGAAAGACAUGCAAAACAUGGUUCAAAAUCCUGGGUGACCUUGAUUCAACAAGUGGCCCAGUCCUCAUAGCACUCCAUGGUGGCCCUGGUGCCGGUCAUGAGUAUCUGGUGCCCUUGGCGGACCUCUACAAGCCCUACGGGAUCCCCACCAUCCUCUAUGACCAGAUUGGUUGCGGUCGCUCGACACAUCUCCGCGAGAAGAUGGGGGAUGCCGACUUCUGGUCCUUUGAGCUCUUUAUCAAGGAGCUUGACACCCUGAUCGACCACCUAAACCUGAGGCGAAGGGGCUUCUUCCUCCUGGGCCAGAGCUGGGGUGGUGUUCUGGCCGCUACUUAUGCCAUGAGUCGACCCGAGGGGAUGUCACCCGUAGGGCUAAAGAAGCUGGUUAUAGCGAGCGGCCCCUCUAGUAUCCCGCUGUAUGAAAAGGGACUUGAAGGUCUACUAGCUAAAUUGCCUGCCGACGUCCGUAAGACACUCGAGGAGUGUGACAGACGAGGUGAUCACGAGAGCGAGGAGUUCCAGAAAGCAGCAAAAGUCUUCAAUAGCCACUAUGUCUGUGGCUUAGAUCCUUUGCCUGAAGAAAUCAUGGCAGGAUUCAAGAAUAUGAGUGAGGAUCCUACCGUCUACAUGACCAUCCAAGGGCCGGCAGAGUUUGUCGUAGUUGGUUCCAUCAAGGGUUGGGAAGGCUGGACGCGGGCUCACCAUAUUGGAGUCGAGACACUCCUAGUCAACGGCAAGACGGACGAGGUCACCAACCUCAGCAUGUACCCGUGGUUCAAGAGCAUUCCGAAGGUCAGGUGGGUGACUCUUGAAGGAAGCCACAUGUCACACUGGGAGGAUAGGGAGCGCUACAUGCAAGAGGUGGGUGAUUUCCUCGUGAGCACAGAGCCUGGUGACAGGAAGGAGCUGUGA